AUGGCGGCCCCCAGUAACGCGGAGCGCUCUCCUGAGCCCUCGGCGCCGCUGAAGGCCCCCAAAACGGAGGCUCCGUCGCCGGAUUCGGAGGACCUGAGUGACGGUAACCCGUACCACUCGAACUCCUCCACGCCCAGCCGCUUCUCCCCUCUGAACGUGGGCGUGUCGGCCCCGGGGGCGUCGGGCCGGAGCGGCGCGGCCUCGGCCGCCUCUAACAGCAAUAGCUUCACCGUAUGCCGCGGCAUGUCGUGGACGCCGUCCGAGACCAACGCGCUCAUCGCUGUGUGGGGCAACGAGAGGCUGGCCGAAGCGAGGAUGCAGCAGCUGGAGGUGGCGGGCACCGUGUUCUCCGGGAAGGCGCCUGGACCGGCCAUGUACGAGCGGGUGUCGAGAGCUCUGGCGGAGCUGGGCUACGAGAGGACCCCGUCUCAGUGCCGGGAGAGGAUGAAGUGCCUUGGUGCACCCAAAUCUGACAGUUGUCAUUGUUGUCUGCAGACCCUGCGGCGGUGCUACAGCCGUGUGAAGGAGCAUGGCAUUGGGAAGCGAAAGAGCAGCUACUCCAUUGAGCAGCUGGAGAAGGUGUUUGGGCAGGGAGGCUGGGACUCCCAGAGCUGCCAGCCGGUCCUGAUUAACAGCAGCGGUCUGUAUCAGGAGAUGGAGUCAGAUGGCAGCACGAUGGAGGACUACCCUCAGGAGGACUGGUGCAACCAGGACCUGUCUGCUGUUUUCCAGGAGGGAGAAAUAGAGGCUGAGGAGAUUCAACUUCCAAAGAACAGAGUUCUACAGUUAAGACCAGAGGCUUCUGAGCAUGCCCAGCGUCAAGAAGUGAUGCAGAACGUGAUGCGCAUUCUAGAGUCUGUAGAAGUCAAAUGGGAGCACUUCCAGACCUGGACGGAUUUCUCGCGGCUUCACCUCUCCAACAAGCUGGCCAUCUUUGGCGUGGGCUACAACACUCGCUGGCGCGAGGAGAUUCGCUACCACUACGCAGAGAUCAGCUCUCAGGUGCCUCUGGGGAAGCGCCUGCGGGAAUACUUUAACCCCGAAAAGACAGAAGGCAGGGUCAUCAUGACCAAGGUGCAGAAGAUGAACUGGAAGAAUGUGUAUUAUAAGUUUCUGGACAUCACGAUCAGCGAAGCACGCUGCCUGGAGCUCCACAUGGAGGUGGACUGGAUUCGUAUUGCACAAACCAGCAGUUCAGGCUGCAUCAAUGGCUCACAGUACCUUUUGCCAGGCGGCAUACCGAAAACAUACGGCCUCUAUGCUAUUGGGUAUGAGGAGAGGACAGGGACUGGUAUCUCCGGUGCAGAGGAUAAUGGUUCCUCCUCUGGAGAACCAGAGACGGGUGAGAAAAGGCGAAAUAGUACGUCAGCCAAAGUGACUUAUUGCUACCUCGGCAUAGCGGAGGACCGCACACUGCAGCAAAGUCUGGUCCAACACUUUCAAAGUUCAGGCAAGUACUGUGGUCGCGGUGAGCCAUCCACUGUUACCAAGUUUCUACAGGAGAACUGCUCUGGCCGGCCCAAGGAUGAGGGCUCCUCUUCUGGUUUGCCCAUUUACAUUAAAUUCAUUGAGGUGGAGCUGGACUUUCUCUCUGCUGGAUCCCUGGUGGAAUGUUUAGAAAUCGCAGUCGGGUAUCCCUUAAAGUUCAAUAAGAAGGACAGCUUGUAACUGCAUAAUGUCUAUUGACUUAGCCUAAAAGAUGUACUUGACUAAAGUCUGUGUUGCACAACCAUGUUAAAGAAAUCUAGGCACCAGUCACCUCGUAAUCUAGACUUUUCAGUCAGAAGAAAGAACUGGUUAAGAAAUUGUAGAACUCUGACUGAGGAAAAUCUAGCUUGUUUCAGUCUGGUCAGUCCAGUUGUGUUUUCAGUCUGGUUGCCCGGGUUGAAAAUGUUCAGGAAGGCGGAUUUUUCUCCCUUGCAGUAUCGCUUUAUCAGGGAGCCUUGGGCCUUUUCAGGUUGAAAUAAGGGAGAGAGUGGCAUCUCGGGGAUGCCCUUUCCAUUUUAAAACUGCCUUUAUUUUUAUCUACCGAUGCAUCAGAAGUCAAAUGAUACAAGUGUAUGUUGGGACAAGGGCACUUUUAAUUUCCCAUCAAAAACUGGGAAGAAAUGAACUGAAUAUAAAGUUUAUCGCUACAGAAGUCUAUAUAUAUAUUUAAGAAUAUUGAUGUUGUCAAGCAUUCCAGCAUUGAAGAGAUGUUUUCAGAGUAUCUGAACUAUUUGUUUAUAUUUGUUUUUAUUUGUGGACUCACACAGUGUCUUUAUGUAUAAUUGUUUCCAGAUCACAGUAUUGUUUACAUGUUUGGGAGAAAAAAAAAUAAAUGGGGCACUAUUCACUCAUC